AUGUUCCUCGAGACCCUUAGUGUUUCUGUUUUCCACUGGAUCCAUGAACAGAUCCUUUCAUAUCGAGAAACUCUCUUUGCAGACCGUCGAGGGGGGGGCAGCAACUUUAGAGCAAUUCAGGCUUCUCGUCGGCUUGCCCUGGCUGUUGCUGCCUAUAGGGAGUUUCUCACCUGUCUCGGGAAGAUGGCUGUUGGCUCGUUGGAUGAAAAGGAUAACGAUGGAACCCUAGAGGACAGACGAGAAGAACGCUUGCGUCUGCAGAAACAAGCUGCCGAUACAAUUAUGGACUUUGGGGUUGGUACCUACUCCAGCGUCUUCCGCUUUGCUGAACUGCACAUAAUAUCAUCAUUUCACUUACAUUGCCAGAAAUAA